AUGCCGCACACUGGAACUUAUAAAUCUAAAGGAAAAAAUCAUAGAUCUGAAGACGAAAGUCGUAGAUCUGAAGAAGAAAAUCGUAGAUCUGAAGUUGCAAAUCAUAGAUCUGAAGCUAAAAAUCGCAGAUCUGAAGCUGAAGUUCUAGAUCCGGAGCCAACCGGAGCUUGUGGAUCUGAUGGUUGUGGUUCACCGGUGGUAGGAGGCGGCGGCAGUUCGUCGGCGGCAGGAAGCGACGACACUACGGGGUUGGUGGCUGGUGGCAACCAGUGA